UGCUGGUGAUAUCGAUAUCAGAACGAGAAAGAUGGCUUCAUUUUACAAACCCCCGAGUCUGACGUUUGGAGUCGACACAGUAGAACUUGACAGAGCCCUUCAUAAUUUGGAAUUUGAAAAGAAGCAACAGAUCCAGGAGCUUGAGAAGGAAAAACAGCAGAUUGGGAUUCUGGAAACAUCUUUCAAAGAGAAGCAAGAUGGAAUCCAGAGAAUGGAAGAGAAAUUGUGCAGGAUCGAUGAAGAGACCAAGAGCUGCCAUAGACAAUUCAGACAGAACAAGGAGCAAAAGGAAAGUCAGAAGGCACAUGUGUCUGUUCUGAACUUUCAUCUCGAGGCCAAGAAGAAAGAAUUCCAGCUGCUGACAGAGAAAUAUGAAGUUGAAAAUGCUGGGCUUCAGAGAAAAUUGGAACAUUACGACACGGUAUGGAAGUCCUAUGAAGAGAUUUACAUGCAGCAGGAGAAUGCACAGGAACUCAUGAAAUGGCAGCUAGAAGUUCUGCAACAGAAAGAAGCCGUCAAAGAGGGCAGGAUGCAGAUUGCUCAUCUGCAGAAAGCUGAAGAUGCAGUGCAGGAAGAAAUUUGUGCCAAUAUGCCACCAUUCCAAAGCGUCACAGAUUUCAUCAUCAAAAUUGCCGAGAUAAAGGUUUCAACCCAAGAGACGCAAACGGAAACAGAGCAGCUCAUGGAUUCAAUCUCGGUAGCUGAGAAGGAGAUACAAAUCCUGCAGGAUACCCAAGCAGAGAUCAUAAAGAAACUGGAGGAAAAGAGGAAGGAGGAAGAACAGGAAAGACAACGGAUGGAGAAGGAAAAGGAGCAGAAAGAGAAGGCACAACAAGAGGAACUCGCCAGGUAG